AUGCAGCGAGGGCAUGUAUGGGGAUUUGAUACUCUACGGUAUCGGAAUAAUAGGUUUGCGUACUGUGUACGCUUCCACAGAUAUUUUUCAAGGGCGUCACACUUGGGAGGCGAUAUGCACAAGUAUGUAGGAUUUAAUGAGAAGAGGAAGGCAGAAUCGGGGCGCAGGCAAAAACACAGACACGGCGGCGAAGGCGACAACCCGGCGCCGGCGCGCGGGAACAAGACACGGGCAGUGAGAGGAGGACAAAAACAGUUACAGCACCAGCGGCGGAGGGGGUCACUCGGCGGCGGGCGGGUUGCCCAUGGUGGCCUUGGUGUCUUGUAUGGCGACGCGCAGCUCCUGAGCGAGCUUUUUGAGCUCCUGCAGGUUUUUACGAGCGCGCGUGCCGGCGGCCUUGUUGCCUUUCUCGAAGAACUUUUGGCUGUCCUUGGAAACCGAGUCCAUUACCUCCUUGAGCUGGUCGAGCUUGUCCAUAUUUGCGGGCCUUUUGGUCGCGGCUGGGGUGCGGAGGGUGCGGAGGGGUAG